ACGAAAACAGCUCCAUCCCACAGAUCCCACCUCUGCUUUCUGGCAGCUUACCUGACUCAUAAAGAGAGUGGGGGAUUUUACAUGCCACCUACAUCAACUCAACAUUUUCCUUUGUGGUGAGAGUUAAUCACCACCCUUGUCAUAUUAUUUCACCGACCUUCCUAAAGGCACGAUCUGUCAGGGGGGAUUGUUUAUCCUCCAAACCACCCUUAGAACUGCUUAUAGAAUAGGGUGGGUUUUUCUGAAUUUGGUCAAAAUACACAGGUGGUCCAUUGUAGUAAGGUUUUCUGUGUUAUUUGUUAAAAACUGGCAUUUACCCCAGGAUCAGGGAAGAGAGUUUCUGUUUACAGAGGACUCACCUCUGACAUGAGAAGUGCCACCUGGAGAGCUGAGAUGCAGCAGCUGAAGGUUGAGGACCAUCUCCAAGCUCCAAGACCCAAAGAAAGCUCUCAGGAUGCCAGAGCCAGCAAAGUCCACCUCUGCGCCCAAAAAGGGCUCCAAGAAAGCGGUGACGAAGACCCAAAAGAAGGGCGAUAAGAAGCGGCACAAGAGCAGGAAAGAGAGCUACUCCAUCUAUGUCUACAAGGUGCUGAAGCAGGUCCACCCCGACACCGGCAUCUCCUCCAAGGCCAUGGGCAUCAUGAACUCCUUCGUCAACGACAUCUUUGAGCGCAUUGCUGGAGAAGCCUCCCGCCUGGCCCAUUACAACAAGCGCUCCACCAUCACCUCCCGGGAGAUUCAGACAGCUGUGCGUCUGCUGCUCCCAGGAGAGCUGGCCAAGCACGCCGUCUCGGAGGGCACCAAGGCCGUCACCAAGUACACGAGCUCCAAGUAGCGGGACAUCACCUCUCUAGUGGGACCAUCGAGCACCGGACCCUCCGCGCAAGCACGGGUAGGCAGCCACGGUCCGGAUAAACGUCACAGCUAUUAUCCACAGCAAUUUACAGCCUUGGGAUGGGCAUGAGAAGCUGCCAUGUGGAAGAGGAGACAGUGAUCUGGAUGUCAACUGAUUUUCAUAGUCUGUUUGGGACAUGCAGUGGGUUCGACGAGGCUGGUGGAGGAGGCCCCUGCUUUCACAUCUCAUCUGAAGGACUGAUCGACUGCAGUAUAUCCAAACUCUCCUCUGUGCUUGGCAAACAUGCAUGCUUGGCGCUGGCAGGGGAGACUGGCAGCAGCAACACAGAGAUGCCGUCUCUGAAGUCUUCCUGUUCGGCUGCUUUCUCACAGUCAUCCAAGAUGGGCACCAAGGAGUCAGUGCUGGUAUCCUCUCCCUUGUAGCCCAGAUCCAUCCUGGUGUACAGUGGCACAGCCUACCCUGUGCCAGCAGAAGUGGCAUUGACAGCUGCAGGGCAAGGGCUGUAGAAUGAAAUUGAUACUGAUUCAACAACGAUCUGUGCUUGACCGCCUGUUUUAAAGAGCAAGCCUGGCAGGCAGGCAGGUGCCCGGGAUGAUACCAAGCGCUGCUCCUCCUCGUUGCUCCCAAUGGAUGAACCGUCCAGCAGGCUGGGGGUGCUGCCGUGGAGCUGCCUGCUGCCUCCCACGUUGUGCCAAGGAAGAUGGAUAGACAAGGGGGGAUGUUGGGGCUGGGUUGCUGCCCUCCCUGGCUGCUGCUUUGGCUGCUGUAGGACUUGCUUUGGUGUGCAAGAUGCUGCUAAUUCUGCUGCUUUUCAGAGACUUUUCCUGCCUUGACGCUGCCUGGGCUCUCCUUUCCACCAUACGCAUGGACGAGAUGGGGUGGUGCCCAUGGGGGUUCCCCUCUCCUGUGAGCGCAAGGGUGGUGCAGGACAAACAGCACAGGAGUGUCGGGAGGGGACUGAAGAUUUGGGAAGGCCUCUGGAGCGGGAACAGAGGUGGUUAAUGCAGUCUGGGGGAGAGGCUCCCCACAUCUCCGGGCAGCUCACCUGGCCCUGCCUUCCCUGCUUUAUUCACUGGUUAGAAAGAAAAAGCAAAAACUGGGGCUGGGUGGAUAUAUAGGGACAUUUGCCUGCAUCCCAGUGAUACUUUAAAUAUUAAAUAAUUUUAAACUACUUCAGAUACUCCCCACGUCUUCUCCAAGUCCAUAGUAAGGUGAGCAAUAAUAAAAUCCUGAUAAAAGCCAUAGAAAUCAGUGGAGGAACAUCUUGGUGAGAGAUUUAUCUUGCCUGAACUGCUGGAUAGCAGAAGAGCACGUGUGGAACUGGUGUGAAGUUGAAGCUUCCUACUCAAAACAUAAAAUUAGCCAACAUUUUUUAAAAAAAUCAAAAUAUCUGGUAGGCAGUAGCGCUCAGAUAAAAAAUAUUUGUGUCUAAAAUAACAACUGCUUUCUGCAGCUUAUCCUGUAAAUAAAAAGGGCAGCAAACAUACAGGAUCCAGAACUAAGUGCAGGUUCUCCCCAAACUCAAGACCUUGCUUUUAAUUGAAAGAUAAAUUAAUACCCUGAAAUAGCAACCUUGCAAUACAUCUGCACUUUCCCUUACAUUUAUCCUGUUUCUUUACACUUUGAGAGUGAUGGGGGUCCUUGACAAAUUUACGUUGCUUUUGGAGCUGUAGAACUCUGCAGCUGCAGAAGAUUCAGUUGUUUCUUGCUUUUAUAACAGCAUUACAGUCAUUUUCCAGUUGGUCUGAGGAAAGGACCAUGCAGACCUACUCAACCAAGAGCACCUCAAGAACCUGAGAGCAACAUGGGGUCUUGUGUGGUCUCUGUGCAAGAGUGAAGAUCAAGUUCCUUAUGGGCUGCUCCCAUUCCCCUGCUUUGGGUUUGAACACCACGCACCCGAAAAGGGGCUUUCCUCCCAUACUUUUGCUCAGUGAUAGCACACAGCCACGUUUGAUACCCUAAUGCCAGCAGGAAUCCCUAGCGAUAUCUUUGAGAAAGAGCAAGAGCCGUCUCCCCCGGUGUCAGCACCCACAGCGAGCAGCUCCCAGCAGCAGUGUCUGUACUCGGUAGCAUUGGUAACCUGGACCACUUGGCCAGGGCACUUUGGAGGUGACAGAUUGGCACUUCCUUUUGUUUCCAAUCAAAUAGUCAAAAUCAGGCACCAAAGAUGAAAAUGUACCUGCAGUGGGCCUAGAUCUGCUCUCCUCGGCCCCUCUCCCACAAGAAAUCGGGCAGUGUAUGAUGCAGAAAGGGAAUAUAGAGAGUGAAGGGCUGGCUGGCAAUGCUGGACCUCUCUCCUGUUCCUAUGAGCUGCGGGUCAGCUUUCAUCCCCUCGGGAAGUCCUGAAGAUAGGAAUUCAGAGUGGGAUAGAUCUGCUCCAGUCCAAGUGGUGUGUGCAAGGUAGGACACACCUCUCCCAGGAUUACCCGGCACAGCCUCCCAAUCCUCACUCUUCUGAGCAGAGCAGAGUCCUGCUCCAGUCUCUGCAGGCUGCAAGAAGUCAGGAAAAUAAAAUGAGGUGGGUUUAGGGUGUUUUAGGGUCUCCUGGGUGGCUCGGGGAGCUGGGGCAAGGCUGGGCACUGGGAUAAGAGCUGCUGGCCCCAUACACAUACAGCACUGGUCUCAUUUUCUUCUGCCGCUAUUGCCACGCUCUGGUUUUGAAAAUUUUUUCAGAGAAAGGAGAAACUUUGAUUUAAGGCUAUAAAAAUGCUUGAAGACUUAAAGAGGAUUUUUAUAUUGUCGAAAGCCAAGUGACUGAGACUAGUCAUGUCCUUCCAUUUAUAGUUUAGGCUGUGGUUUCACACAUCAUUUGCUCUUCACUCUCCCCUUGUAUUGCUUCUUUACUUGCGCCUGGCAGUGUGAAGCACAGGACUGGGGAACGAUCGAGGUUAAAAUGAGCCUUCUUUUUCUUUUUUUUUCUUUUGCAAGCUUUGUUUUAACCCAAUUCUGGGGGCUGCUCUGCUCUGUCACUGUUGUACAGACACUUGUGCUAGGGAAGGGAAGGGCUGAUCCAGGAAAGGCAGGGCUGGCAUAAGCUAGGACUGCUGCAGAAAGCAGUUGGGAAAUUAAAGGCCUUAGUGUCAAGGAAAAAUGAAGGAAGGAAAUUUGUGUCUCCUGCGGUGGUCCAGUUAGCAGCAGAGUCUUGGCUUUUAAAUACACAGCUAUGGGUGUUUGACCCUUGCAGUGUCCCACAAGCAGUUUCUCCAACAGUCCUGAUGCUGGAAAUCCGACACAUCCCAUUUCUGCAGAUCCCAGAGGACUCGAAUGUCACACAAGGGAAAAGGGAGCAGAUUGGGAAGGGGACUGUGCUCCCAUGCAGCCGCCCAGCUGUAGCGUUGGGAGGCUCCUUGGUCAGCAGGCAAACGGCACGCGAGGCAGCCUGCCCUCCCCACGGCUGCCUGCUGCUGUACGGGAGCGUGCUCACAAGUUACACGGGAGUUAUUUUGACUGCGAUGAGCUUGGACUAAGCCUUAAUAUUAGAGGCAAUAGAAGUUCAAACAUCAAUUGUCCGCUCAGUAAUCUGAGGUAUGACAGUUCUUUGGUAAGGAGAUUUGCUGCAGAAGAGGAAUUGUGCACUUCAGAAUCCGUGCUUGUAAAAAAUACUUAUUUCCAGCUCUGGAAUUCAUAAAACAUUUCAAAAUUGAAGAUAAUAUAUCAAGCUCCAUUGUCUCUAUCUGUCUCUAUCUGAUUCCUACUCCCAACUCCAGAAGCACCUUUUUUUUUUUUGCUGUGUUUUGCCAAUUAAAAGAAAAAAAAAUCAACUGCAGAUUGAAAGUUGGAAAAGGAAGCUGAAAAAGAGUAAUACAGCCUUGAUACUAACCCCAUGUUAACCCCGUGCACAUCGCUGCAUCGAGUUAUUUGUUUUCAUGUACAAUUUAAGAUAAAAUUAGCUGCUAUAGAUCUACUCCUGAUUUUCCACCCUGCUUCCCUAGAAGGGCUUAAAGUCCAUCUGCCCUUCACAGCAGAGCUCAAUCUACAGAAGAACCAAGUGGCCAUGUUCAUGGAGUUUUGCUCCUGCUCCGGAUAGACAGGUCUUUAGUCAGGCACAGGGAAAACAACAGUAAAAACAAGUGUGGAGGAUGAGUGCCUGUCCUGGGCACUGCGGCGUGUCCUCGGAAGGGGUGCCUGAGCUGAGGCUGCUGAGGAGCCCUGCCCAGAGGAGCCGUGUGGCUGAGCGCCCUUCUGCCCUGGUGACAGGCAGCAACGCAGAGGUAGCCCCAAGUCCUGCCCACCCCUGGAGCCAACCUUGGCACGGCCUCUGCACAGCCCUGAGCAUUUGUCCCAUGGUAGCGCUUCCUGAUGGUUUAUAUCCAGACCAAAUUGUUUGCAGGAAAAGGAAGAAUGGGAACUAAAUCAUAAAAAUCACUUGCUGCCAGAAUUUCAAGAGAUCCCCAGGACCAGCACCUGGGGACCAAUCUCUCAUGCUUACUCUGCAUGCAUGAUACCUUGUGGGCUUAUGUACACGGGGUUUUUCUGACAGUAAGUGUUAACAUCAAGUAUGAUCUAUGUUACAAUACUGCUGUUUUAUGACCUAUCUUACUGCUAAUUAUCUGUUUUCUGUUAAAUGUAUAAAUAAAAUGUAAAUGACAACCUGUUUAAAGUCACAUGAGA